AUGGCUGGCUCCUAUCAUAAAACCGCCCGGAUCAUCUCUGUGAUCGCAGGCACUCUGGUAGCUCUGUCCUGCGGUACCAAUUAUGCAUACUCAGCAUGGGCGCCCCAGUUCGCGCACCGGAUGAAGUUAUCAUCGACCGAGAGCAACCUGAUUGGUGCGGCGGGAAACCUGGGCAUGUAUGCGAUGGGUAUUCCAAUGGGGCUGUUGACUGAUGCCCGCGGUCCGCGACUUAUCACGCUGGUCGGUUCGAUCUUGCUGGCCCUCGGCUACUACCCAAUUUAUCUUUCUUAUCAAUCUGGAGAGGGUUCGGUCCCAAUUAUUUUCCUGUGUUUUUUUGCUUUCCUGACAGGCACUGGUGGCUGCUCCGCCUUUGGAGGUGCAAUCAAGACUGCUGCCUCCAACUUCCCCGACCACCGCGGUACAGCUACUGCAUUUCCGUUGGCUGCCUUUGGACUGAGUGCUCUGUUCUGGUCUAAUGUGUCUACGCUCAUCUUCAAGGAUGAUACUGGCCGCUUCCUCCUACUUUUGGCCCUUGGAACCUCUAUUCUCUCCUUUUGCUCGAUCCCACUCCUUCGAAUCUUUCCGAUCGAGCCCUACUCGUCAAUUCCUCACCAUGGUCCUGACGAUAAUGGCGCGCCUCAGCGGAUGCGCCGACCUAGCAAUGUCCCAGAGAACUUGGACGAGCACAACUCCACUGCUUUCGCCCAUGAACGAUCAGCGCACGCGCGCACGCAAUCGACUGUUUCAAACCACCGGUCAGGAGCUUACGGCGCCAAUUCUGACGAGACUUCCUCAUUGGUGUCUAAAGCUGAUGGUAGACCGUCUUUCGAUACCCUAGAUGAUGACUUCCUAGAUGAUGUGGCCAGGGAGGCACACCACCCGGAUAUUCGCGGCGUGGCGAUGCUGCGCCAUGUCGAGUUCUGGCAAUUGUUCCUGGCAAUGGCUCUCUUGUCUGGAAUCGGAUUAAUGACUAUCAACAAUAUUGGCAAUAGCGCCAAAGCCCUCUGGCUCUACUACGAUGACAGUGCUACUCCCAAAUUUAUCCAAGAGCGACAGGUUAUGCAUGUCUCUAUCCUCUCGUUUGGCAACUUCCUUGGCCGGCUUUUUAGCGGAAUCGGUUCUGACAUUCUUGUCAAAAAAAUGAACAUGUCUCGCUUCUGGUGUCUUCUAAUCUCAGCCGUCGUCUUCACUCUGACCCAGUUCGCUGGCUCCUCCAUCUCUAACCCAAACACGCUGGUCGUUGUUUCUGCGUUAACCGGUAUCGCUUACGGCUUUUUGUUCGGUGUCUUUCCCUCCCUGACCGCGCAUACGUUUGGCAUCGGCGGUCUUUCCCAGAACUGGGGCGUCAUGACCCUCGCCCCUGUAUUCAGCGGAAAUGUCUUCAAUCUUCUCUACGGUGCCGUCUAUGACCGGCACUCUGUUAUCGGCCACGAUGGUGACCGUGAGUGCCCCGACGGCCUGGCCUGCUACCGCUCCGCCUAUUACCUGACCUUUUUCUCCGGCCUUGCUGGGAUUUGCGUCUGCCUGUGGAGUAUCUUCCGCGAGAAACGGAUUCACAACGUGAUGCGGAAGAAGACGGGCCACCGACUCGCAUAG